UCAAACGAGAAGUGGAUGAAGACAUGACUAACCAUGAUACAGCUCGAGACCAUUGGACCACACAAGGUCAAACCAUUACCAUCAAACGUGAAGUAGAUGAAGACAUGACCAACCCUGAUACAGCUCAAGACCAAUGUACCACACAAGGUCAAACCUUCAUGUUAAAACGUGAAGUAGAUGAAGACAUGAACAACCCUGAUACAGAUCAAGAACAAUGGUCCACACGAGAGCUUGAGGAUGGAGAGGAGGUAAGACAAUCAUCAAUGAAAAAAUGCAGUGAAAAUGAAUCCCAUCAGUGUUUACAAUGCAAUAAGACAUUAAUGGAUGAGAAUUCUUUAGUUCAACAUCAUAAACACACUCUAGGGAAGUUGAGUUUGCUAGUCAUACAUGGACAGAGUUUGGAGACAGAUGCUUCAAGUGCCCCCAUUGUCAUGAGAAUUUUGAAUGUAAGGAUACUCUUAUGACCCAUAUGAGCACACACACUGGAGAAAAAUCUUAUAGUUCUCAUUGUGACAAGGGAUGUUCUCAAAAGAGUGAUCUUACCCAUCAUAUUAGAACACAUACUGGAUCAAAACCCUAUAUUUGCUCUCAUUGUGAGAAGGGAUUUUCUCAAAAGAGCGAUCUUACCCGUCAUAUAAGAAUACACACAGGAGAAAAACCUUAUCAGUGCUCUCAUUGUGACAAGAGAUUUUCUAAAAAGGUCAAUCUUACAUAUCAUAUAAGAACACAAACAGGAUCAAAACCCUAUAUUUGCUCUCUUUGUGAGAAGAGAUUUGCUAAAAGAAUUGAUCUUACCCGUCAUAUAAGAAUACACACAGGAGAAAAACCUUAUCAUUGCUCUCAUUGUGAGAAGAGAUUUUCUACCAAGGCCAUUCUUACAAGUCAUAUCAGAACACACACUGGAGAAAAACCCUAUAUUUGCUCUCAUUGUGGGAAGGAAUUUUCUCAAAAGAUCGAUCUUACCCAUCAUUUAAGAGCACACACAGGAGAAAAACCUUAUCAUUGCUCUCAUUUUGAGAAGAGAUAUACUGACAAGGCCGUUCUUACAAAUCAUAUCAGAACACACACAGGAGAAAAACCCUAUAUUUGCCCUCAUUGUGAGAAGAGGUUUGCUAAAAAGGGCAAUCUUACCUGUCAUAUAAGAACACACACAGGAGGAAAACCUUAUCGUUGCUCACAUUGUGACAAGAGAUUUUCUAACAAAGUCAGUCUUACAUAUCAUAUUAGGACACAUACAGGAGAAAAACCCUAUAUUUGCUCUCAUUGUGAGAUGAGAUUUCCUACAAAAAGUCAGCUUACCCGUCAUAUAAGAACACACACUGGAGAAAAACCUUAUCAUUGCUCUCAUUGUGACAAGAGAUUUUCUAACAAGGUCAAUCUUACAUAUCAUAUUAGAACACAUACAGGAUAAAAACCAUAUAUUUGCACUCAUUGUGAGAAGAGAUUUGCUAAAAAGAUUGAUCUUACCCGUCAUAUAAGAAUACACA